AUGGAGGACGCCCCGCUGUUGACGCGCGACGGCGACGGGGAUCGACGACACCGCUCGUCGCGCGCGCGCGCGUCCACGUCGGUGUUUCGACCGACGUUCGCGCUGGGCGUGACGCUCGCGUGCGCGUGCGCGCUGGCGAAGACGAAUGGUGUUGGACGAACGAUCGCGCGCGACUGGAUGUCUGGAGACGACGCGCGCGAACGCGCGAGCGCGAAUGAACGAGGGAAAAUGAGCGCGUUCGGGAGCGCGGCCGCGUUGGCGACGAGCGGAGACGGGACGACGCCGUUCGCGGUGGUGAGCGACCCGUUCGUCACGGGCGGCGGCGACGACGACGGAGCGAGCGAGGAGUAUUCUUUAGUGCGGAAAUCGCAAAUGUCGUCGAGUGGAGACAUAGAGGUGAAUCACAGAGAAGAUGUCGAGAUGAUACCACGCGCGGCGGCGACGAUGGUGCACUUGACGUUGCUCACGGCGUGCGCGCAACUCGGGUCGUUGACGUUUGCGCCGGGAGCGUGGGAGGACGUCGUCGGCGCUCGGGUGACGACAAAGUCGAUGUCGAACGACUUUUUAUUCUCCCAAGCGCAGGAAAUGACGCAAACAAGGUGUGGAACGUUUGAAGUGGACGUCAUGCUCGGUGCAGGGGAGCAGUUUGGAUUUUAUUUGUACCCGCUCGACAACACGAGCGACGAGGCGACGGUGUCCGACAUCGGUUGCUUGCACAGGGGGGGCGGGCGAUGUCCGAAAUUUGCGACUCCAUCGGCUCUCGAAGGCAUGGAGGUUUGUACCUCUGUCAUCGAGGAGGGCGAUGACAUCUUUUACAACCGCGUAUUCGAUGGGAAGACGUUCACGUACGUCUACGGUUCGUGCGACGAGGGAUGCGCGCUGAAAGCGCCGAGCGGGUGUCCGGCGUCCCACAUGCCCGAAGUCACCACUUUAGACACCGGAGUGUGCACCGAUCCCGCACACGCCGGUAUUUACAACGCCCUGUGCGCGCAGAGCUGCGGUGCGGGCACCACGGACUGCGACGCGUCGUGUCGAGCGGCGUCCGACGCCGGCGUCUCCCUCUCGUGCGUUCCCGGCGCGCGCGGCGCCGACGCGUGUCGAUGCGCCCACGUCGCCGCCAACGCGACGACCGAGUGCACCGUUCCCGGAUACGACUGCUGCACGUGCGAGAGCAUCAUCGUGUGAUCACAUUCAUAGACCCGUAGUUCCUU